GACAAAGACUAAAAUGGGUCAGACUCUGGAGAGGAGCAGCACAUCUUCCGCACCAGCCAUCAUGUAAUAAUAUAGUUCAUCCUCCUGGAGACACAGACUGAUGCUGAAGCUGCUGCUGGCGGGAUUUAGCUUUAACAUAUAUCAUUAUAUUAAUAAUGAUAACAAUAUGUCGCCUGAAGAGACGGUUUUAUUGAACGCUCGCUGGCUCAUAUUCUACAUUUAAAGCUGAAUCUCUGAAUCGUGCCACCAGUUGUUUUUUAUCAGCAUGUCCUCUCGGGAUGCUGAAGCUUCUUACUGGGACUGAACUGUUUUUUAUUGGGAUCUUUAACUGGUUUACUGGUUCCAGUCAAACACCGACUCAUCAGGCUGCUGACUGACCGACGGAGGGACGAUGGAUGCGGCUCCGAGUUAAUCUGCGUCCUCGGUGAAAAUACAGGAGACGGGUUAAAGUCCUGUUCUGUGGACUGUGGACCCAGAGAUCCACUGAGCAUCUGAUGGAGGACGGUUCACGCUGUCGGCCCGAACACUAGUGUGGAUCUCUGCUCUCUUCAGGACUCUGAGGCGUUUCUGAUCACCGACCGUAGAUCUGCUGCAGCCAUGACUCCUUCAGCGCCUACGCCACCCUCAUCAUGGACGCUCAGGCUGCCUGUUGCCACGGUACUGCUGCUGCUGCUGAUGAUGACAUCACUUCCUGUGUCGGCUGUGGAGCCAGAGACGUGUUUCUCCCGACAACACCAGAGCGCCAUCGUGAACGUCAGACAGGCGUUGAACCGGCCGACGACGGCCAUGGACACUCGGGUGGUCCGCUCAGAGAGGGACUGUGUCCUCGCCUGCUGCUCAGAGGAGGUCAAACCAGGAGCCAAGUGCAACAUGGCGGUGUUCAACGCCAACAAGAACGCCGGCGAUGAUAACUGCUUCCUGUUCCACUGUCAGACGGAGCAGGACUGUCCUCUAAUGAAGGCUCAGGACGGCAUCAACACCUACGACAUCUACAAAGGUUUGAUUCAUCCGACCACAGUGAGACCUGUCACCAUGACGACCACCACAGAACAAACCACCUCCACCAUCACCACCAUGCCAGCGCCGACUACACCAACAACCACUCAACCAACCACCACUACAACCACCACACAAAGUACAACAACACCACCGGCCACCACAACAACCACGACACCAACCACGACACCGACCACAACACCAACCACCACCACAACCACCACCACCACGCAGGCUCCCGCCACCACAACAGCACCUCCACCCAUCAUCAUCAUCGCCACGAUGCCUCCGGUAACUGCAGCACCCACCUCCACCUCCACCAGCACUGCUACAACCACUACAACAACUACAACUACAGCUACUACCACAACUACCACAGCAGCUACUUCAACUACUUCUACUACCAGCACCACCACCAAAAAGCCAAACAAAACCAGUAAAAAGCUAAAUAAAACCGCCAAGAAAGUGAAGCCUCAUUCCGUCAGCACCACCACAUCCUCUUUGCCGCCGCAGAGCUCCACUACAUCACUUCCUGUUGUAACCGCCAACAAAGAGGCUGCACCAAGAACUACUGAAAAACCACAUCCCAACACUGAAACUACCACCACUACUACUACUACUACUACUACUACUACUACAACUCCCACUACUACCACCACUACUACUACUAUUCCUACUACUACCACCACUAGUACAACUACCACUACUCCUACUACUACUACUCCUCCUACUACUACAACUCCUUCUCCUACUACUACAACUCCUUCUCCUACUACUACAACCACUACUACCACCACCACCGAUUUGGCCACCGCGAGGACGACUCCACCAGCGAGUCUGGUCAUCGUCCCCAAAGACGCCGUCCAGUCGGACCACGCCCUCCAGUCCGACCACGCCCUCCAGUCCGACCACGCCCUCCAGAACUCGAGCGUCGACCUGGGGGGGAAGGCGUCGGCGGCGCGGGGGGCGUUGAAGAGCGGCGUGGUGGCGUUCAUGGUGCUGGGGCUCGCCGUGCUCACGCUGGCUCUGGCCGUCGGCGGCCGCAAGGCGAUGGAGUCCUUUGACAGACGCCAUUACACGAGACUGGAGCUCAAUGAUCUCCACUACGAGGUGUGAGGCGUUUUUAUGACGGAAGCUCAGAAGGACAAUUAGCAAGACUUCAAAUUAGUUAAUUUAAGAUUGUUAACGUUCACCUGCUGAUGUUUUAAUUUCACUCACAGUAAUGGAAUGUCUACGUCACUAAAGAGGCGUUAUACCGUGAUAUACUCGAUCCUGAUUGGCCAAAGGGUGUGCAUUAUUUAGAAAUAACCACACAGCUCUGGCAGAGUGUCCUCAGUUUAUUUACCUUUAUAAACUUGUAUUUAUUGCCCUGAAAUAUGAGUAAAUAAGACUUUAAUCUUUGGCGUGGUAUAAGAAGGAUAAUGCACUCAGACCCGUGCGGUUAUUAAUAGUAAUGCACUGUGAAGACGAACCUUCUGUAGAAUCUGCAUCUUGAGUUAUUUCUUAAUAGGAGUUCUCUUCUCAGAUUAUAAAGCCUCUGGAUUAUCUGAAAAAUACAUCGUCACAAAGCUCAAAACUGUUUUUGUUGAACAGUUUUGGAGAUUUGUGGUUUUUCAUGGACAGUGCCGAUAUAUACUGUAUAUUACACAGCUUUGUUGAAUACUCGAUUCUGAUUGGUCAAUCACGGCAUUUUACGGUCUGUUAUUUCUUUAUAAUAUAUAUUUCUAUAU